AUGACCGUCCAGGUGAGGAGAUCCUCCGCAGCGUACAGCAAACCCUCGCCCUACGCCUCGCGGACCCAGGCCCAAGAUAGCGAUAUCGAGAAACACCCCCUCAAUUCCCGCCAAAAUUACCACCACCACCUGAGCGACGGCGACGAUGACGACUCCGACUCCAGGCCGGACCACUCCUCCACGUCCUACCCACCCCUCGGCAGCGCGGGCAUACGUCGCGCGAGAGCGCCGGUAGGCUUUCAGGUGCCGCAGCGGAUAAUGCGAUGGCUGUGCUUCGCCCUGUUCGCCUUGCUCGUGCUCUUCGUUUUCACCCUCUUCCGCUUCACCAUCUCCUCUUCCGUCUCCCCGGUUAGCGUCGAGCUGCCUAAGGUCGUGUCGACUAAGCCCCCGCUAUGGGAAAGCUUCCCAUUCCUGAACCGCUACGAGGGCGGUCUUUCCAGCCUUGUGAACCGCAGCGAGAAUACACCUGAGUAUCCCGGUGACAAUGCGGAUGGUUUGGCGCUUCCACAGGAGACGUCGGACGAGGGCACCAAUCGCUUGCAUGCGAGAGGACUGAAGCCUACAAUGUCGAGUACAGUUUUCAACCCGUACCCGGCUUACAACUCCACCGAUUACAUCAAGAAGUACGGUGAAAAGCGCGAAUGCUUUUUGGACCAGGAGAACUCAAUCCGUGUCCCUGCCGUCCAAUCAUUUCCCGGAGUACCCAAGGGCUUCCCCGACCCGGUGAUGGGAUCGAAUACUAUGCUAGGUAUUCGUGAUGAUAUGUGCUUUGAGCGGUUUGGUCGCUUGGGACCAUACGGGAUGGGGUAUGGAGUUAAGAAAGGUGGCAGUGGCGCUGGACUAGAAGGCCACCGCGACGGUGCUGAUCGUAUCUGGGAAGAUGUGCCUCCGGUGGACUACCGGCAAGUGGACUGGGAUAAAGCGCAGCAGCGUUGUCUUGCCGCCAACCGGCAUCGGUUCAAGGAAUUGUCCGAGCCCCGUCUCAACCGAUUCGUCUCGAUGCCUGUGGGCGUUCCAAAGGUGGAAAUUCCCUCUCCCGAGGAUGACAGCAGGACAGAGCCUAAGCUCGGGUCAGAGCGCCUGCCACGAACCGCUGUUGUUAUUCGUACCUGGCAUGAUUUCCGCUAUACCUCAGAGGACAUUCUUUAUCUUCGCGCUGUGAUCUCGGAGCUUGCACUGAUGUCCGGUGGCGAGUAUACUAUUCACUUCCUCAUCCACGUCAAGAGCAAUGAUCUCCAGAUCUGGUCCGACGACGAAACUUACCAGCGCGUGUUGAAUGAGGCUCUACCCGAGGAAUUCCGUGGCAUGGGGACACUCUGGUCUGAAGCCCAAAUGUCUCUCAUGUAUCCCGCGCUAGAGGAAACAUUGGCUCGCGGCCUGCCCGUUCACGGCGUCUACCGCAGCACCUAUAUGCCGAUGCAGUACUUUGCCUACCAGCAUCCGGAAUACGACUACUUCUGGAACUGGGAGAUGGACGCCCGCUACACGGGCCACUGGUACCACCUCUUUGAUAAGGUGGCCGACUGGGCUAAGAAGCAGCCCCGCAAGGGUAUCUGGGAGCGCAACGCCCGCUUCUACAUUCCCUCGGUUCACGGGUCAUGGGAAGACUUCCGGCAGAUGGUUCGCGUGCAGACUGAGAUCGGCACAAACAGCCCCAAUAACCUUUGGAGUGUCUACAAGGCUGGAUCUGAGGGUACCGAUAAAAAAUCAAAUGGGCUGCAUCAGCAGGGCGACAAGACUAUCUGGGGCCCUGAGCGGCCCUCCGAGCCUGAUAUCUUCGAGGUCGAAGGCGAGGGCAUUCCCCCGACGACUGUGGAGAAGGAUCAGUACCAGUGGGGCGUGGGCGAAGACGCGGAUUUGAUUGUCUUUAAUCCGUUGUAUGACCCUGAAGGCACCACCUGGCUGCUCCGUGACGAUGUCACCGGCUAUCACAGAGAGCACGGGAUGCCCCCGCGGCGCACUGCCAUCAUCACUGCCUCUCGUCUGUCCCGCAAGCUCCUGACCACGAUGCACCGCGAAACCAGCCUCGGCCACCACACCAUGUUCUCCGAGAUGUGGCCCGCCACGGCCGCGCUGCACCACGGCUUUAAGGCCGUCUAUGUUCCGCACGCUGUCUACGUCGACCGCCGCUGGCCAACUCGCUACCUUGAAUCUGUCUUCAACGCCGGGCGCAACGGCGCAUCUGGAGGUGCCCGCACGUCCGUCUUCGGCGACCGCGAGCACAACUUCAAGGGCACGACUUGGUUCUACUCUGCCGGCUUCUCGCCGAACCUCUGGCGCCGCUGGCUCGGACUCCGCGUCGACAACGACGGUGGUGAGCAGCAGGAGCUGGCUGGUGAAGGCCGCAUGUGUCUACCCCCAAUGCUCCUCCAUCCCGUCAAGGACGUGCAGAUGGUAAUUGACGAGGGAGCGCACGCAGAGGAUCGGUGA